AUGUUCGCGCCCGCGCUGCCAUCAGCAUGGCAGCGUAUGCAACAGGACCCAAUACUCUUCAUCGCACAGUGGUUAUAUGCUCACCGACCGCUUUCGACAAUAUCACAGCCCGCGUCCACAACAUCGAAGUCCGCUUCCACGAUCCCUGUUAGGAUCGUCUGCGUCUCCGAUACGCACAACGAGCAGCCGCGUGUACCGAACGGCGACGUCUUGAUUCACGCCGGCGAUCUGACAGUCAACGGCAAAUUUGAAGAGCUGCAGUUACAGCUUGACUGGUUGAACAGUCUGCCACACCAACACAAGGUUGUGAUAGCGGGGAACCACGAUUUGCUCCUCGAUCAGUCUUUCUUUCGCCGCAACCCACGACUUGCAAGCCGAGAGAAUGAUGAACGCAGACUGCGAGAUCUGAGAUGGAGAAGUGUAGUAUACCUCGAGAACGAGCUGAGGGUGCUCAGCGUUCGGGACAGGGACGUCAAGGUCUAUGGAAGUCCCAUGACGCCGAAAUACGGCAACUGGGCGUUCCAAUACCCAGCAAAAGACAUAUGGUCAAACACUGUCCCGGAGGCGACGGACAUACUCGUCACGCAUGGCCCUGCCAAAGGCCACCUCGACUCGGCUGUGCUCAUCUUCAGCGGGAACUUUGGCGUGUGA